AUGGAUACCGGCAGGUUGCUCAGAACCGACGUGCUGUCCUGGAUGUCUGACGUCCUGAACAGAACCGGGGGUCUGACGCAGAGCUCUGCCCUGCAGCCGCUCUGGGACUACCUCCAGCAGAACCACCACGAGCUUCUGAGAAGCCCUCUGUUCCCCGUGGUUCUCUCAGUGAGCUCCUACUUCUUCCUGGUGGGCUUCUACACCAUCCUGGACCUGCUGGCUCCCACCUGGCCCUGCAUCAGCCGCUACAAGCUCCAUCCAGAUCGCACCGUGUCCUGGCCCAACAUCUGGACCACGCUGGGGGUCACCGUCCACAACCACCUGCUCUACAUCUUCCCGGCUGCGGCGGCUCAGUGGCUGUGGAGGCCGCCCAUCCCGCUGCCUCGAGAAGCCCCCACUCUCCUCAGCUUCCUGCUGGGCAUCCUGGGCUGCAUGGUGGUCUUUGACUUCCAGUACUACCUCUGGCACCUUCUCCACCACCGGGUUCCGUGGUUGUACCGCACCUUCCACGCCGUCCACCACCAGUACAACCAGCCGUUCAGCCUCGUGACCCAGUACCUGUCGGGCUGGGAGCUGUUCAGUGUGGGCUUCUGGGCCACCGUGGACCCCAUCCUGCUGCAGUGCCACUGCCUCACCACCUGGGGCUUCAUGCUCUUCAAUGUCUACGUCUCCACUGAGGACCACUGCGGCUACGACUUCCCGUGGUCCAUGCACAACCUGGUGCCCCUCGGCCUGUGGGGGGGUGCCCCCAAACACGACGCCCACCACCAGAAGCCCAACACCAACUUCGCUCCCUUCUUCUCCCACUGGGACCGACUGGGGGGAACCCACUUGGUUCUGGCUCCGGCUAGCCGAGACGCCACUGCAGAACCGGACCAGAAGAAAGAGGAUUGAGCAUGUCCCGGGUCCCGGACCCCCUGUUUAACUCUCUGACUGUCCCAGUCCAGCCGCACUUGGUAACUCUGACGUCAAGCCACACAUCAACUGUAUUUCCCUCAAUUACAUUUUUGGGUUUUACUUUUUUAUGCUCUGAAAAUUUGUCCAUUGAAAUUUCAUGUUUUUAAAAGAUAAAUCCAAUUUCCUUGCCUUUUAUUUCUUGUUUUUGCUGAUUGUAUUUAUUAAUGAUAAUUUUUCUGAAA